GAAAGUUCUGCCAGAUAGCACUUGUCUGGAGGAAGGAGUGGCUUCCAUUUGCACAAAGAUUCCAUGCUGACAACCUGAAUUGGAGAAAAAUGGUGCCACCAACUGAGAAGGAAUGAAAGAUGGUAGUCCAGGCAGGUUUUCUUUCUGAGGUGAUAAAGAUGGCUGCCAGCAGCUCCAUGCUUACUUCUUACCAAUGAGGCAACUUCUAUGGAAAGAGAAAGCCUCUGUCUUAAAGAUUCCAGCAAAAAUCCUGGGGCUGCCUCUUACCAACUUGAUUGGGGUCAGCUGUUCCUUUUGAACAAAUCACUGAGGACAGAGAGUGGCCGUGUUCUGAUUGGCCAGACAUGGGUCACAUGCCCACUCCCACCUCAGCUGAGGGAUGGGGACUCAAGGACCUUUGACCAAUUCUAUUGAUCUGGACUCCUGGGCAAGCAGCUAGACUAACAGACGCCAUGAGGGCUCUCCUGUUCCUGGGGUCCCUGCUGGGAAGCCUGGAGUCAGCGUUUUUGACUCCACCUUGGAAAGCCCCUAAGGAGCAUGAGCACAGAGCAGAUGAGCACACAGUAGUUCUCACUGUCACUGGGGAGCCCUGCUACUUCCCCUUCCAGUACAACCGGCAACUGUACCACACAUGCAUCCACAAGGGCCGGCCUGGCCGCCAGCCCUGGUGUGCUACCAGUCCCAACUUCGAGCAGGACCAGCAAUGGGCAUACUGCCUGGAGCCCAAGAAAGUGAAAGACCACUGCAGCAAACACAGCCCCUGCCAGAAUGGAGGGACCUGUGUGAACAUGCCAAAAGGCCCACACUGCAUCUGUCCAGAACACUUCACUGGGAAGCACUGCCAGAGAGAGAAAUGCUUUGAGCCUCAGCUUUUCCAGUUCUUCCAUGAGAAAGAAACAUGGCAUAGGCUUGAAUCGGCGGGUGUGGCCGAGUGCCAGUGUAAGGGUCCUGAUGCCCACUGCAAGCCGCUGGCCAGCCAGGUCUGCCACACCAACCCGUGCCUCAACGGAGGCAGCUGCCUAGAGGCGGAGGGUCACCGCCUGUGCCGUUGCCGCGCGGGAUACGCAGGACGCUUCUGCGACGUAGACACUGAGGCGCGAUGCUACGACGGCCACGGGCUUGACUACCGCGGCACAGCCGAGACUGCGCUGUCGGGCGCCCGGUGUCAGCCGUGGGCCUCAGAGGCCACCUACCGGAACGUGACUGCAGAGCAAGCGCUGAACUGGGGACUGGGCGACCAUGCCUUCUGCAGGAAUCCGGACAACGACACCCGCCCGUGGUGCUUCGUGUGGAGCGGCGACCGGCUGAGCUGGGAAUAUUGCCGCCUGGCACGUUGCGAACCCCCAGUCCUAGAGGCUCUUCAGUUCCUGCCUCCAACCCAGGUCCCCUCUGAGCACCCGGAUUUUCCCCUGCCCUCGCUUUCAGCACUGCAGAAGCCUCAGCCCCCGACCCCAGCUUUGGGCGCGACGCCGAAGCAGCCCACUCCUCUGCCGAGUCCCAGCUGCGGACAACGGCUCCGGAAACGGCUGUCCUCGCUGAGCCGCGUGGUUGGGGGACUGGUGGCCCUGCCCGGGGCGCACCCCUACAUCGCCGCGUUGUACUGGCGCCACAAUUUCUGCGCGGGCAACCUCAUCGCCUCCUGCUGGGUGCUGACCGCGGCGCACUGCCUGCAGAACCGGCCCCCGCCGGAGGAGCUGACGGUGGUGCUCGGCCAGGACCGCCAUAACCAGAGCUGUGAGCAGUGCCAGACUCUGGCCGUGCGCGCCUACCGCCUGCACGAGGCCUUCUCGCCCAUCACCUACCAGCACGACCUGGCCCUGCUGCGCCUGCAGGAAAGAGAGGACGGCCACUGCGCGCUCCCGUCGCCUUUCGUUCAGCCGGUGUGCCUGCCAAGCAGCGCUGCCCGCCCAGCUGAGGCCGAGGCCGCCCUCUGUGAGGUGGCAGGCUGGGGCCACCAGUUUGAGGGGGCCGGGGAAUAUUCCAGCUUCCUGCAGGAAGCACAGGUGCCGCUCAUCCCUUCUGAGCGCUGCUCCGCCCAGGACGUGCACGGAGUCUCUUUUACUUCGGGCAUGCUCUGCGCUGGCUUCCUUGAGGGUGGCACCGACGCCUGCCAGGGUGACUCCGGGGGCCCGCUAGUGUGUGAGGAGGAGGCCGCAGAGCACCAGCUCGUCCUGCGAGGCAUCGUCAGCUGGGGUUCCGGUUGUGGCGACCGCUACAAACCAGGUGUGUACACCGACGUGGCCAGCUACCUGGCCUGGAUCCAGGAGCACACCAAUUCCUGACCAUCCAGGGACUUGUCUUUCCCUCCUGGGGGGAUUCUGGAAUGGAAGGGUGGCUGAUGCAUAAUCAUGGAUGGCAAGGGUUGGGUUUGAUUCCUCUCAGCACCACCAGCCUGGCGCCAGGCAUAGAGUAGGCACUCAAUAAAGUGUGUCUGAAAAUGUG